CUCUCGUCGUAUUCUCUUCUCUUCCCAGCUGCUAAUUCUUUGAUCACCCUUUUGUUUACACUUGUUCGCUGCUGGCUUGUUUUUACCCCCACUUGAGUCUCUCUUUUGCUGUCACAAGCGUUCGGAUCCGUGACCAUGGACGCUAUGCACAAGCUUGUUAAUAGCCGGUCCCAGAGAUGGCAGACAGGCAACUACAUUCCUCUUCACAACCCGGCGCUGGACCCCAGCGAAAAGGCGUCAAAUGGGUUCAGGCACAUCUCGCGAUGUCUGAUACGGGUAUCUAAACUUCCGUUGAUGUUGCUCAUCACUUUUGUCAUCUUGAUACCAACACUGUUCACCCUGGUGGUGGUCAAUGGUCAUAGUUACGUCUCUGACGGCACGAAUGAUGUCUUUGCUUUGAGCUGGGCCAACCACAUAGUGCCCCCGAGCCAUCCUCCGCUUCACAUCGGCAUUCCAAACAACAUCCCCAUCCACGAGACACAUACCGAUUUUCCCGAGAGCUUGGAUGCGACCCCGAUAGUAGAAGCAGAGGAUACGCCGUCGGAAGACAAUAAUGAUAAUGCUCCCAAAGCGCCACACGCGGAGCUUGAAGAACCGGAGAAGCCAGAGGAACAUCAUCAACCGGUGCAGACGAAGAUAUCACAAGCACCUGAGGCACCUGCAGAAUUCAUCUUUGACGAAAGUGGCAAGGAAGUCGGAAAUGAACUAGAUUACCUCAACGAGCAAGAAUCUGAGAUCAUGGCCGACAUCCCUGAGCCCCCGCCCGGAAAUCACCGUCUCGUCAUCCUCCUCCCCGCCGACGACUCCGGUUCCGCGCUCUGCAAGGUCAUAUUCAGCGGAAUGGCAAUGGGUUACCCCAGCCCUGUUAUCCUCAACUGGAAAAAGGACGUCGGAAAGACUGACGCACGGGACAUUGGCAGCUCCCACCUUGCCAAGAUCACAGGUGCCCUCGAGUAUCUGGAUGCCAUCACCCGCCAAGAUACCCACGAGGGAGAUCGCUUGAACGACGACGACCUUGUUGUGCUCGUUGAUGCCUACGAUGUCUGGUGGCAACUCCCUCCGGACGUGCUGAUCAAGCGAUAUCACGAGUCCAACAGACUCGCCAACGAGCGUCUGGCCAAGGAAUGGGGCGCACGAGGCCAGAUGCCCAUGCAGCAGACCAUCGUGGCGUCGGUUCAGAAGAGGUGCUGGCCUACUCCCGAAAUGCCCGGCAACCGCCACUGCGAAGAGCUCCCCGAAAGCACUGCUCGGAAGGAUCUGUACGGGGAAAACACCGACAUUGAUCCAAACUUGAGCGCCAAAAAGAACCCGUAUCACGACACGCGGCCCAAGUACUUCAACAGCGGCACCAUCAUGGGCCCGGUUGGCGACAUGAAGCGAUACAUGCGCCGGGUCCAGGAGAGGAUGGAGCAGUUAUUGGUAAAGCACCACAAACUUUGGAGUGACCAGGGCAUCUUUGCCGAAGUCUUCGGAGAGCAGGAGGUCUGGCGAACGUGGCUCCGCACCCAGCACAGGGAGUUCCCCCAUGACGACAUUACCAAGAUGAUGCUGGAGCGAUUCGAGUACAACGUCGGCCUGGACUAUAGCCAGCAGCUCUUCAUUCCUACCGUGUUUGAAGAGGAGGACGGCGAAAUGGUACACCUCAACAACGAGACGCACAUUGCCGAAAAGUCCCAGAAGCUGGGGAUCAGCCCCGUCCGUCUCAAGGGCGUCCCUAAGGACAUCCGCAACUCUGAGAUCCCGCUCAACAAGGUAGUCAGCGAAAAUCAACGCGGCAGCUUCGACUGGGGCGAGAUGCCACUCUACGCCGAUUACUUCAGCGAGGCUGUCCCGGUGGCGGUCCAUCACAAUGCCCACGCCGACGGCCUCAAGGCACGACGAGUAUGGUGGUGGAACCGCACGUGGUACUUCCCCUACCUGCGCGAGUUGGUCGGGAUCUACCUCGAACGACCAGCGAAGCUCCAGCCGCUCGCCACGUUCGCUACGCAGGGAAAACAAGCUGUGUACUGGCCGCCCAGCUCAGACAAGGAGAAGCGGAGGCCACGCCAUUUCACGCUCGGUGCUCGCAAGAGUGGGCUGCCGGAGAUGAACUUUGAGAUGCUGUGUCGGGAGAAGGGUGAGGAUGUGAAUAGUCAGCGUCGGUGGUUCCAGGAGGUGUUCAGAGAUGGCUUGGGUGGGCUUUGAGGUGCAGAUCGGGCGGCUACGUGAUCUUAGACCUAAUACUUAAUGAUUUGAUAUGUAUAUCCUGUGUGUAUAAUGAAAGAUAUCCUUGUAAAAUAAGC